ACGGCCAAUCAAAGAGCGGGUCACGGCAGAGGGCGGUCACGAGCGCAGGAGUCAGAAAUUACUGGAGUCACCUCACGAUGACAACAGGUGAGGUGGUAAGCUUGACAGUCAUCAGAGGUGAUGAUGGUCAGCUUGGCUUUAGUGUGCGAGGAGGAUCUGAGCAUGGACUUGGUGUUUUUAUCAGUAAAGUUCAGAGGAACAGCUCUGCAGAGCUGGCAGGGUUGUGUGUUGGUGAUAAGUUAUUAGAGGUAAACGGUGUCAGUAUGGAAAAUAUCAGUAUGAGCAGCGCUGUGAAAGUGUUGACGGAUCACACUCGCCUCCGAUUGGCCGUUCAGCGUGUGGGCCGUGUACCUGGAGGCCGAUAUACCAAUGAGAAAACCACAUGGGUGGAUCUGAUUCACCGUCGGAUGAUUGUAGAAGAAUCAGACGCUCCUGUCUCUGCAUACAGUUCAGAUGGAGCUCUUUGUCGGACGGUUCACCUACAUCUCUCUCACAGUCAGUCCUGUCUGGGGCUCAACAUCCGUGGUGGACGAGAGUAUAACCUGGGCAUAUACAUAUCAAAGCUGGAUCCUGGCGGUCUGGCAGAACAGGGUGGGAUUAAAAUGGGAGAUCAGAUCCUGUCAGCCAAUGGUGUUAGCUUUGAGAACAUCAGUCAUCAAAGAGCAGUGGAGGUGUUGAAGAGUCAACCUCAUGUCUUACUGACCAUUAAAGAAGCAGGGAGAUAUCCAGCAUAUAAAGAGAUGGUGACAGAACUUAGCUGGAUGAAUAAAUCAGGUAGCGAAACAGAGUCUGAUUCUCAGUCGUCUGUGUCCUCGCUGUCAUCUGGGACUCCUCUGGGAUCUAUGAGUGGUCUCUCUCAAGCUACUCUGCCUGUUAGUUUACCCUUAGGAGCCAAAAUGUCUGACGUGCGCAGCUCCACCGAGUCCCAGUUUCAUUCGGGUCCCACUAAUAUCGGUGGUCAGUCAGAGCAACUGCGAACGUUGAGUCGAGGAACCGUGGAGCUGUUGCAGGACUCUGUUAUCCGGAGCGAAGGAGAGACAAACAGGAGAGAAGGCCGGAUCGUGGCUCCGGGUCAAACCGGUCCUCCCAUACGCCGAACGCAAAGUCAUGUGACUGCAUCAGAAGAAGAGAAGUGGAGAAUAAAUCAAGAGAUAAACCGUCCCGUUCAGCGCUCCAGAACCUUUAUCAGUCUGUUCCGGAAGAGAGAUUCCUCCAGAUCUGUGUCCCGUUCAGAGAGCAAUCAGGGCAGGUAUGAUGAUGAUGAUGAUGAUGAUGUAUCUGGGCAGGACGCUCUGACUCGCGUGAGAGAAAUGGCUGUUAGAUUACUGGAGGAUGAAGAUGUGGAUGUGCUGCUGGAGAUCUGUCAGAGGUAUUUAACAGAUGGAGGGGUGCAGGCGCUGGUGAACACCCUACUGAAUACACUGAACACAACAGAGAAACUCCUGCUGCUCAGAGAGAUCAGAACGCUUGUGUCCUCUGAUGAUCUUCUGCUCUUUAACCACACGGUGGCUCCAUAUGAAGAAGAAGCUUAUGAUAUUCUGAAGAGUCGCUCAUGUAGAAAUUCUCCACUGCUCUCCCCUCGGACAGACCGCACACCCAGACGUCACUUUGUUCCUCCUAUGACAGAUCUCCACCGUGAGUUUGAGCUGCAUUCAGCGCAGGAUGUGGAGAAACAGAAACGGGUUAAAGAAGAUCUAGAGCAGCUCGCCCUGUCCUGUUAUAAAGAACAGAACGAACCUCUGCAGACGUCCACAGCUUUCAGCACGUUACAGGACGUUCCUCUAGAUGCUUAUAAGCACACAGACACAUUAAGAUCAUCCAGCUCCUCUGUUCUUCUCCCCAACUGGCUAUUGGCAGAAAACACACAUUCAGAUUCUCCACAGACACCUGAGAAUAGUUUGACCCGACCCGAUGCCCCGUUUUUACACUCGGGUUAUGCCGUCAUUUCAAAAAGUGGGCGGCUUCCAGGGAUCAGGACAGACGGUGAAGAGGAACCGGGACAGGAUGUGUUGUUCACUGUAGUGGACAUGCCUCGCCACAAGAGGCCGCUGCUGUCACAGAUCUUUGGUUCCCUUAAAAUGUCUCACAGUUCAACCGUGUUACCCAUAAAACAGUCCUGGCAACAUCAGAGAUCAGGCCGUGAAACACACAACCAUGAUGCACACAUGGAGCAGGACUGCUUUGAGUUUACUACAGUCAACAUUAGCAAAACCAAGCAGUCUCUGGGGAUCAGUAUAUCAGGUGGGGCGGAGUCCCGUGUUCAGCCUACGGUGAAGAUCGAGAAGAUUUUCCCAGGAGGAGCGGCGUCUGCUAAUGAUGUCCUGCAGGCUGGGUUUGAGCUGGUGUCAGUGGAUGGUGUUUCUCUCCAGGGUGUGACCCAUCAGGAUGCAGUAGACAUCAUACGAGAGGCAUUCAAAAAUAAAGCCACUGAUCCUAUGGAGCUCGUGGUCAAAACCAUCCUGGUUGGAGACAGCGGUGUGGGGAAAACAUCUCUGCUUGUUCAGUUUGAUCAGGGGAAAUUUAUCCCUGGAUCGUUUUCUGCCACAGUUGGGAUCGGAUUUACGAAUAAAGUUCUGACAGUAGAUGAGCUGAAGGUGAGAUUACAGAUCUGGGACACGGCGGGGCAGGAGAGAUUUCGCAGUGUCACACAUGCAUACUACAGAGAUGCUCAAGCGCUGCUCUUGCUGUACGACAUCACCAGCAGAUCUUCAUUUGAUAACACACGGGCGUGGCUAACAGAGAUUCACGAGUAUGCUCAGGAUGAUGUGGUGAUUAUGUUGAUUGGUAACAAGACGGACAUGUCCAAUACAAGAGUGAUCAGACGGGAAGAUGGAGAGAAACUGGCCAGAGAGUUUGGUGUGAUUUUUCUGGAGACCAGCGCUAAGACCGGACUCAAUGUGGAUCAGGCUUUUAUAACUGUAGCAAAGGAGUUGGUGAGACGAUCUGUACAGAUGCCCGUCCAGCCCAGAUUUUACCUCCAUGACCUGAUGGAGCCGGAGAAAGAGACGUCAAGCUGCUGUGGGUUUAACUAGAACAAAUGUGAUGAGAUGAAGGUAUUUUAACAGCAGAAGUUCAACAUUCAAAGUGAUCUCACACUUACUAACACGAGAUUUGUGUUUAAAAUUAUGCCAAAUGCAAAGACAACCAGCAGAUGGUGCUGUAGUGCACAGUAAUGUUUACUGGAGACUUUAUGCAGUAUUAUAAAACUCUGAUUCAUAUUGAGUGACAGAAGAGCCAAACCUCUCUUUUAUUCCUUACUUAUAUUGAAAUCAAAUGUCAUGAUGUCACAGGAACCACUAAAGAGUCAAACAUACCCAAGCCAGAAUAAAGCACCUGCUGUAAGUGGAUCUGGUGGUUAUAAAGGUGCACAUUAUGAGCAUCAGAUGGCAGUAAAGCUUUAUUUCUCUAUUGAAGCCUCAUGUUUACAGCUGCAUGUCUAUAAUGAUCAUAUAAUGAUUCCUUUAGUGAACAAACGCUGACAGUGCGUGUAAAUGUUAAUUCUCCUUUAGUUUAUUUUAGGGCUUAGUUAACUUAACUUAACCAUAACUUCACCUCAGAUGGAUAUCCACACAUUUUCCUGCUGUAAACUCUUUAUAUUAUGAUGCAGAAUAGCAGGUGUGUUAACAGAUCAAUACAUUUUUAUGUGCUGCGUUUGAAUCUCAGGAUCUUUACUGGGAAUAUUUGAAGAGCUCAGAUGCAAAACCCACUUAGUGCGUCUGUGAUGAUUUCUUGUUUAUUGUUUAAUCAGACUCUUAAUAAAUUCAGCCUAAACUCAGUAUUUCUGAAUGACCUGAGGCCUGGAUUAAGUGGAUUUGAAGGGAAAGUAUUUAUGUACCAAGAGCAUUUAUUGGGUUAAUAUCAUCAUCUCAUUUGAGCUCUUCAUUUAUACACCAAUAGAAGCUCUAAAAUACUGCAAAUAUAUAAAAGGAAAUAUGCAUUUUUCUUCUUAGCUAGAUUAUUAAAAUUGAAUUAUACAGAUUUACUGUUUGCAUUUGGAUUAAUAAUAUUAGCUGAUGUUUUAUGAUAAUGUAUAUUGAGAAAGGUUGUGAUUAUUCUGCCUGUGUGUUUUAUUUCAACAGAUAUAUUAAGAUGAUAUCAGAUUUUAUUAUCAAAGUAUUUUGUGUUUGUUUUUCCCUCUAAUCAAACUCCAGUAUCUGUUUUCCUGAAAUGAAAACACUUUGCACAAUUUUGUGUGGAUGUCCUCAGGUCUUUUCCUGUUUGACUUUGUAAAAUGCUUAGAAAAAGUUAUAAAAUAAUAAGUUGUG